AUGCCUUUUCCUAAGAAAACAGCUCAUAUAAGAAAGGGGCUUAUUAUUGGAAUAGUUAUACUAUGUAGGAUGUACUGUAGAGUAGGAUUGGAUGUUUAUAAAGAUUUACAUAACAAAGAAAUCAGAGAUGGUCUGUGUAUACGCACAAAUGGGCCACUAUUUCCGGCACGUACAUUUGCUUCUGAGAAGUGCGAUUUAAUGCAUUCAAUGCGAUUUUUGUCGCCGGGAGCAGAUAUAAAUUAUAGUGCAAGAGCUUCUAUUGAUUCUAGUGGAGAUUUAACAUCAUAUUUUAGUAGAUACUUUAAUAAGGAUAAAACAUACAAAAUAAAACAUCUUAGUAAAAAGAAGAAAUAUAGAACAAAACCACUUAGUGAAGAAGAGAAAGACCAACUUUAUAUUAGCGACUAUCACCAAACAUUAAUAUACUUAUUCCCUUCCUCAUUUGGUGAUCUAUCCAUAUACACAAAUAGAAAUAACUCAUUCAUGAGAUUCAUUCAAAGUAAACAUGUGCUUGAGCACAGAAUUAAUAUUUUAGCCUCUCUGUUUUUAUUGGCAGAAGGAGUGGACGUGCCACUAAAAAUAGAAGGCAUUGGGGCAGAGCAAGUGUUAGUUCUAAAGAAGAUUGGCACUAAAGAAAACAUGUUUUCUCUAAGCAUGAUUGCUAUGUGCAAUAUAAAGCAGCCUAGUGGUAUAGUAAAACCUAUUGAAGUUAAGCAAAGAGAAGCAGUUAGUGUUAUAAACUUCUUUAUAGAGAACAAAACGAAUCCAGAUAUAAGAGAAGGAGGCAAAUAUGCAGAGCCAAGAACACAUGAAGACUUUAAAACUGGUAAGUUUUUAAAGAAUGCAAGGUGGCUAAUACAGCACUAUAUAUUUGAAUACUUAGACAGUGAGAGUAGUAUAAUUGAGUUAGCAAAGGCUGUGCACUCUAUGCUUAAGGAAAGUAUAAAACAAAAAGAAAAGGAAAAACUAAAUGCGGAAAUAGAAUAUCUGAAAAGUAUUAUUGGCAAGUGCUUUGUGAAGUCUAAUGGAGAUAUAACUAAUGAUAAAGGAAUGCAUGCAUUAAAUGUGGUGUAUGGAAAGACAUUUUUAGACAAUGCAUUUCCAUUUUCUGGCAGCAUAAGUAUACCGAGUUAUAGGUCUAUUUCAUCGUAUAAUAGGAAAAAAAAUGAAAAUAGUUUUAUUGAAACAUACAGCAAUUGUGUUGAGGCUGGAUUACUAGGUUUAUUCUGUUGCUUAGCAUAUGAUGCAGAGACUAAAGAAUACACGACUGAACACAUGGGAGAAGUAUCGUCAGACUUGAAGAAGUUCUUUACCAUAUAUAAUAAACCAUUUGAAACAGCUGAUUAUACUAUAUAUAAUGAGUGGAAUAGAGUGGUGGCUGACCUGAAGAAUGAAAAUAUUAAAUAUCUGAAAGAGAAUAGGAAUGAGCUUGUAUCAGGUAUAAUAAACAUGUUAUAUGUUAUUACUGAAAUAACGGGGAGGUAUUCUAAAGACAAAGAGACUAUUAAAGAAUUCUACACUCGCCUAGAAGGGCAUGAAUGCAAAGAUAAUAAUUUUGAUGAAAAUCAAAGUAAGCUAUUCAAUGAUAUAAAAUCAUAUAUAACAGAGUUAUUUAUAUCACUUUCUAAGAAAUGCAAUUCAAAAAAGGAUUCGAAGGAAGUGGAAAGAACAAUAAAAAUAGAUACUUCAAAUAUGUCUAUAAAGAAAAAUAUUAUUGAACAUCCUGAUAUAUUUGGAAAAAUAAGUAUAACAUACAGUGUUUCUGAGUUGGAAGGAGGGAUAAUAUUAGAACACUCAAAUAUGCAUUUAUCCAUUAAAGCAGUCUAUAAUGAAAGCGGCUUGGAUUUAAUUAGCCUAAACCAGGCACACAUAAAUAAUACAUCAUUAUGUGUUGAAGGAGAGAAAAACAAUACUUUAACAGAUUAUCUGAUUGCGCGUUGCAUAGAACAUCCUCGAGACAAUAAAGUAGCCGAAGCAAACUUCAAAGAAUUGCAUCCAGAAAAUAUAAAUAUAUCAGAAGAAAAUAAUUAUUUAUACCCAAUAGAGAAGCUUUUCUUGUACAAUAAAUUUAAAAAAACGGGGCAUGCGGCGUUUAUGGCACAUUAUAUUAGAGAGUGCCUCGUCGAUUAUCCACUUGAAGAAACCAAUCCAUGGGCACGACUUAUUUCUAAUCUAUUAGGAAGCCUUCCGUUAAAUGACUAUAAUGUGAUGAAUCAUAUUCUUUGCAAUCCAUUCUUUAAAGAAGAGUUAUAUAAUCAUCGCUAUAAAAAAAUAACUAUACUCAGUGAUAUAGAUAAUAUUUAUUAUAAGUAUAUAAUGACGCAUGGCAUUCAUGUUCAUUUAAUAUAUUGUGACUCUCUUAAAAGAAUCCUACAAAUUUUAAAGACAUACAUAAGUAUGGGUGGUGAAAUAGGAAAUUAUUUAUUAUUUUUAGAGACAGUUCUUUACAAAAAUAAUCAAAUAAAAUUACUCUCUUUAUUGACAUGUGGUGGUGAAAAUAUAACUUAUCUAUCAGAAAUUGCAGAAUUUAUAGAUAAUUUGGAUAGAAAUGAUCCUAGAUAUACAAAUACUUUAACAUCUAAUGAUAUGUGGACUAUUUGGUUUAGAAUGGCUUUUAAGUCGGAUAUAUUCAUUUCGAUCAUAGAAUCAAUCUUUGAUAAAAUUAAUACUGAAGAAGAAAACGUACAUAGUGAGUUUAUAAAAGAAUUUGAUUUUUCGGAUUUAAGGGAUAGUAAAAAAAUAGCAAAUUUUCUGAGAUAUCUUAUAAAGAAGUCACCCGAAACCCGAAAAAAGUUUUAUUAUGCUGUACCAUGAACCAUUAUUAAUAUACUCUAAUGAAAUUUAGUACUCUAAAUAAUACAACCAAGGAAACUAGAAAUAAUAUCAGUGUGGUGACACCACCACUCAGGUAUGGGC